ACUUAUGAUUUCUUUAGAUUCCCAUUCGAUUUCCUUGAACAUUACGCACCAAGCACACAACAUUAUAAUGCAUAUGUACCAAAAUCAUCAAACGGAACAUAUCCAUUAGAUUCAACUAUUAGAAAAAUUUUAUUUGAAGGUGAUGAUAAUAAUGGUUACGAAUAUCAAACUAAUGCAACCAAGACAUGUUUCUCAUGGUUAUUAUCUUAUAUGUGUUCAUAUGGUUUUGUUAAUCCUGCACAAAAACCAUGUUAUGUUGUUUGCAAUAUUCUUUAUACAGGUGUUUCAGACUGCGAAAAUUCAACCUCAUUUUCCUAUACAUUCAAUAAUAUAGAUGGAGGAGAUGCUAACUAUAAAGUUUUCCCAGAUAAUGAUGAAUGCACAGCAAUCGGUGCUCCAGGCUCUGAUGAUUGCACAGCCGUUAUUUUUUCAAAUUUGGAUUUAGGAUGGCAAAAUCGUAAGAUUAUUCCUCCAAGUAAUUUCCAAUUAAGACCAGGUGGUGCUACUAAAGGUUCAGUUUUAGGUUUUGGUGUUUUACUUGGUCUUCUUUUAGUUAUUGCCUCGUUAGGAUUUAUUAUGAAACAUCAAUCUAAAAAAUAAACACCCAAAAAAAAAAAACUAUUUUAAAAACAAUAAUAUUAAACAACGAAAAUAAAAAAAAAUAUUUGUAUUACCU